CGCCUGCGCUCUGGCGGCGGCGGCGGCGGCGGAGGCAGAGGUGGUACCCGGCGGGAGUGGGUCCGAAGCGGGUUGCCGGACCCAAAGCCAAGGCGGUGGCGGGGGCGUCAGGCGAGCUCCCUCGCCGGGGCCUCGGCGGCCUGAUGGAGUAAGAGGGAUCUGCUGUGUGAAGUUGAGUGCUUCAGAUCUGGUCACUAUGGUACGAGAACGAAAAUGCAUAUUGUGCAACACUGUGUACAGCUCAAAAAAGGGACAGUAGUCAUGAGUGCCGAGUGUGCGGGGUCACAGAAGUGGGUCUUUCCGCAUAUGCAAAGCACAUUUCUGGCCAGUUGCACAAAGAUAACGUUGAUGCCCAGGAAAGAGAAGAUGAUGGAAAGGGAGAAGAAGAGGAAGAAGAUUAUUUUGACAAGGAACUCGUUCAGUUAAUAAAACAAAGGGAUGAACAAAGUCGACAAGAUGAACCUUCCAAUAGCAGCCAAGAAAUAAACUCUGAUGACAGGCGACCCCAAAGGAGACGAGAAGACCGAGUCCCUUACCAAGACAGAGAGAACUUCAGUCAGCCAUCGUGGCAUCACCGUGGACCUCCUCAGCGGGACUGGAAAUGGGAGAAAGAUGGCUUUAAUAAUACUAGAAAAAACAGCUUCCCACAUUCUUUGAGGAAUAGUGGUGGACCAAGAGGAUGUUCCGGGUGGCAUAAGGGUGUUGCAGGAAGCUCCUCAACCUGGUUUCACAACCAUAGUAAUUCUGGAGGUGGUUGGCAUUCGAGUAGUGGAAUGGUAGAUUGGAAUCAUAAUGGUGCAGGAAGGAAUUCCAGUUGGCAUUCUGAAGGAACAGGUGGCUUUUCCAGUUGGCAUAUGAACAGCAGUAACGGAAACUGGAAAUCCAAUGGACGUAGUGCAAAUAGUUGGAAUUACAGUGGCCCCGGAGACAAAUUUCAACCAAGCAGAAACAGAAAUUCUAACUGUCAAAUGGAGGACAUGACUAUGUUAUGGAAUAAGAAAUCUAAGUCAGGCAAAUACAGUCAAGGGAGAUACAGUUGGCAGCGGCAAGAAAAUGACAAGGUUGGUACAGUUGCCACAUACAGAGGUCCUUCUGAAGGAUUUACAAGUGAUAGGUUUCCUUCAGAAGGCUUACUUGACUUCAGUUUUGAGCAGCUGGAAAGCCAAACCACUAAACAAACAGAUAAUACAGCUUCCAAAAUUGGUGGGAAGAAUGGCAGUGUAGCAAGGGAAAAGCUCCAUCGCUGGACUCCUUACCCUUCCCAGAAGACUUUGGAUUUACAAUCAGGAAUGAAAGAAGUCACUGGUAACAAGUCAGAAGUGAUAGAGAAGCCUCUCUUUGAUUUUAGCCUCAUAACUGGAGGAACAAAAGACCCCCAAGUUGAUGAAACAAAUAAUCCCUCAAUGCUGAAAACACACAAAAAAAAACAUACCGGGUCUCUUAGUCGCAAAGCCACUUCCAGCUGCACUGCUUCCUAUGAGGUGGUGAGGGAAAGUCCCAUUACAGAAAAACCUGAACAAGAACAUAAAUCAAAUAAAACACCAUCAUUAAAAUCCCCACUCCUUCCAAUUCCAGCCACUAAAUCAAUUUCUCAAAAACAAGAUUCAAAGAAUGCCUCCAAAACCACCAAAACAAAUUCUUCCUUUCCUGGAGAACAUUCAAAUCCCCUGGACAAACCCAUUGUGGAAGAAAAUCAGGGUUCUUCUUCAAUAUCCAAAUCGCAGGGUUCUUGUCCUCGUGUUUUAAAAGGGAAUAAAAGUACAUCAGGAAUCCAAAGAGAUCCUGAUGAAAAUUUAAGUGAUACAUUACAAAAAGCCAAAGAGGUGCUACAGUGUCACGAAUCAUUGCAGAAUCCACUUCUUAGCACUUCUAAAAGCACCAGGAAUUAUGCAAAAGCAAGUAGGAAUGUAGAAGAGUCUGAAAAAGGAUCUUUGAAGAUUGAGUUUCAAGUACACGCAUCAGAAGAUGAAAGCGAUGGAGAGAUAUCUGACACAGAAAAGCAUGGAACAAAAAUUGGAACCUUGGAUUCUGUAACUACAGAAGUUUUAUCCUGCAGUACUCAUGCUGCUGAUGAGAAAAGGGGGGAUGACCAAAACCUGAAAACAUCUAGAAGACCAUCCACCUCUCCAUGUAACUCAACAGUUGACCAGAAAGAAUCUGAGUUGGAAAUGACAUCUAUAACCAGCCCACACUCUGGCUUACUGCUAGAUUUGAAAACCUCUCUAGCAGAGGCACAGGUUGAUGACCCUGUUAAACCUCAUGUAUCUUAUGAAACAGAAGGCUUCGAGAGUACCAGCCUGGAUGCCGAGCUUCAAAAAAGCGAUGUAGGUCAGCCCUCAGGUCCCCUCCUGCCUGAACUAAGUAAGCUUGGCUUUCCUGCCUCACUCCAGAGAGAUCUAACCCGGCACAUUAGCUUAAAGAGCAAAACUGGAGCACACCUUCCUGAGCCAAACCUCAAUAGUGCUCGCCGCAUUCGCAAUAUCAGUGGUCAUCGAAAGAGUGAGACAGAGAAGGAAUCUGGACUCAAGCCAACCCUUCGGCAGAUUCUAAAUGCAUCUCGGAGAAAUGUCAACUGGGAACAGGUCAUUCAGCAAGUAACCAAGAAAAAGCAAGAACUAGGCAAAGGCUUACCCAGGUUUGGCAUAGAAAUGGUGCCUCUGGUUCAAAAUGAACAAGAAGACUUGGAUUUGGAUGGGGAGCCUGAUCUGUCCAAUCUAGAAGGAUUCCAGUGGGAAGAUAUUUCCAUUUCUUCAUCCCCUGGGUUGGCAAGGAAACGAAGCCUUUCGGAGAGUAGUGUGAUCAUGGAUAGGGCUUCUGUGUAUAGCUUCUUCAGUGAGGAAAGUACUGGCAAAGAAAAUGAGCCCCAGCAGAUUUUUUCACCAGAUAACUCAUUGAGGUCUACACAGAGUCAGAAAACAACCAUGGUCCUUAAGCAGGAAGUCACACCUCUGGCUGCCUCCCUAAGAAUAGAUGAAAGGGCUGAAUAUGAUGCUACUCAAAGGCGACAUAGUGCCCAGUUAUCAUCUGACCGUACGAUUCCUUUGAUGCAUUUGGCGAAAGACCUGCACAGCCAGGAGAGCUCCACAUCACCUUCAGAAAAUCACAAUGCCCAGGAGAGUAAUGGAGAAGGAAACUCUUUGUCAUCAAGUGCAUCCUCAGCCCUUGCAAUCUCCAGUUUGGCAGAUGCAGCCACAGAUAGUAGCUGUACCUCUGGUGCUGAACAAAAUGAUGGCCAGAGCAUUAGAAAAAAACGAAGAGCCACUGGGGAUGGGUCUUCUCCUGAACUCCCAAGUCUUGAGAGAAAAAACAAAAGAAGGAAAAUUAAAGGAAAGAAAGAACGUUCUCAGGUUGACCAGCUGCUGAAUAUUUCUUUAAGGGAGGAAGAGCUAAGCAAGUCAUUGCAGUGCCUGGAUAACAACCUUCUACAAGCCCGUGCAGCACUUCAGACCGCUUAUGUUGAAGUUCAGAGGCUACUUAUGCUCAAGCAGCAGAUAACUAUGGAGAUGAGUGCCCUGAGGACCCAUAGAAUACAGAUUCUACAGGGACUACAAGAAACCUAUGAACCUUCUGAGCGUCCAGACCAGGUUCCCUGUACCCUUACUCGAGAACAAAGGAACGUUAGACCUCAAACGUCUGCUGAUGCCCCACUGCUGCCGAAUCCUUUUUCCCCAGUUUUCCUGGAGCCUCCAUCUUCCCAUGUGUCUCCAUCGUCCACUGGUGCCCCUCUCCAAGUAAUCGCAUCUACUUUCCAAGGCCACGGCAGUAUUCCUGCUCCAGACUCAUCAGUUCAGAUUAAACAAGAACCCAUGUCUCCUGAACAAGAUGAGAAUGUUAAUGCUGUGUCACAAGGCUCUGCUUGCAAUGUGUCCAAGGAAUUACUGCAAGCUAAUAGAGAGAUCAGUGACAGUUGUCCAGUUUAUCCAGUCAUGACUACAGCAUUGUCCUUAUCAGAGCUAACAGAAAGAUUCCAUGAGCCUAGCCAAGAACUGAAGUUUUCCAUGGAGCAAGGAAAUAUCAGAAACAGAGGGAACACCCCCUCUUCCCAAUCAGCUGGUCUUCCUAGCAUAAAUAAAGAAGGUGAAGAGCCAACCAAAGGCAACAGUGGGUCUGAAGCCUGUACCAGUUCUUUUCCAAGAUUAUCCUUUGCUUCAGAAACCCCUUUAGAGAAAGAGCCCCACUCUCCAGCUGACCAGCCAGACCACCAGGCAGAGUCCACUCUGACAUCAGCUGAAACUAGGGGGAACAAGAAAAAGAAGAAACUUCGGAAGAAGAAAACUCUACGGGCUGCCCAUGUUCCUGAGAACAGUGACACUGAACAGGAUGUAUUUACUGCUAAACCUGUAAGGAAAGUAAAAACUGCCAAGUCCGCUAAAGGGGGGAAAGUGACAACCUCUACCUGGGAAGAUAGCAGAACUGGCCCAGAGCAGGAGAGUGUCAGGGAUGAACCAGAUAGUGAUUCGUCUCUGGAAGUCCUAGAAAUUCCUAAUCCUCAGUUAGAAGUGGUAGCCAUUGAUUCUUCUGAAUCUGGAGAAGAGAAGCCAGACAGCCCAUCUAAAAAGGAUAUUUGGAACCCCACAGAGCGAAACUUAGAAACUUCUCGCUCUGGUUGUGAUGAAGUUAGCUCUACCAGUGAGAUUGGCACUCGCUAUGAAGAUGGCGUCCCUGUGAGUGUGGCAGAAACUCAGACUGUGAUCUCUUCCAUGAAAGGAUCAAAGAACUCUUCAGAAAUAUCCUCAGAGCCAGGAGAGGAUGAUGAACCCACAGAAGGGAGCUUUGAGGGGCACCAGGCUGCAGUAAAUGCAAUUCAGAUAUUUGGAAAUUUACUGUAUACCUGUUCAGCAGAUAAAACUGUCCGUGUUUAUAAUCUGGUGAGUCGGAAGUGCAUUGGUGUCUUUGAGGGCCAUACCUCCAAAGUGAACUGCCUCUUGGUUACUCAGACCUCUGGGAAGAGUGCCACCCUUUAUACUGGUUCUAGUGAUCACACUAUUCGCUGCUAUAAUGUUAAGACACGAGAGUGUUUGGAGCAGUUACAGCUGGAAGACCGCGUUCUCUGCCUCCACAGUAGGUGGCGAAUUCUCUACGCAGGACUGGCAAAUGGCACUGUAGUCACCUUUAACAUAAAGAACAACAAGCGACUUGAAAUCUUUGAAUGCCAUGGCCCUCGGGCUGUCAGCUGUCUUGCCACAGCCCAGGAAGGGGCCCGAAAGCUGCUGGUUGUGGGGUCUUAUGAUUGUACCAUCAGUGUACGCGAUGCACGGAACGGACUGCUCCUUAGAACUCUGGAGGGCCACAGCAAAACCAUUCUCUGCAUGAAGGUGGUGAAUGACCUUGUGUUCAGUGGUUCUAGUGAUCAGUCAGUCCACGCCCACAACAUUCAUACUGGUGAGCUUGUGCGGAUCUAUAAAGGUCACAAUCAUGCAGUGACUGUGGUGAAUAUCCUAGGAAAAGUGAUGGUGACGGCUUGCCUGGAUAAAUUUGUUCGUGUCUAUGAAUUACAGUCCCAUGAUCGAUUGCAAGUUUAUGGAGGACACAAAGACAUGAUUAUGUGUAUGACCAUCCAUAAAAGUAUGAUUUAUACUGGCUGUUAUGACGGCAGUAUUCAGGCCGUGAGGCUGAAUCUGAUGCAGAAUUACCGCUGCUGGUGGCAUGGUUGUGCUCUGAUAUUUGGUGUUAUAGACCAUUUAAAACAACACUUGCUGACUGACCAUACAAAUCCAAACUUUCAGACUCUGAAAUGUCGCUGGAAGAACUGUGAUGCUUUUUUUACUGCUAGGAAAGGAUCCAAACAGGAUGCUGCAGGACACAUUGAACGGCAUGCUGAGGAUGACAGCAAAAUUGAUUCAUGAAGUUUUUUGCCUCCCAUGUUGGGAAGUCUUUAGUUGAAGUAAUUUCACAUUGGCCCCUUACAUAGGCCAGUGUCUUCCCUUCCUCAGUGAAAGAGGGGAAGAGAAAGUGGUUACUAGCCAGGCUUACCACCUAGCAUAAGUCUGGGCAGCUCUAUGGGAUGAUAGGUUAUACUUUUAAGUUCUUGCUGGAGGUUUGUCAGAUUUAAACAGGUUUUUAAGGAACCAUACUCCUCUGGGACAGUGUGGCAUAUAAUAAUUGAUGCUACUAGUGUUCUCCAGAUGUUUAUUAAAGAAACACAUCUUAAUUGGUUACCCAAUUUGACCCUAAUCAUAACGUAUAUUUUGUUGAUUUCAGUUUGUGAUUUUUAGUUUGUGUUCUUAUGAUGGUUUAAACCUAUAGUCAGAUUUUUUAAAGUAUAAAUGUGCUCAAAUGCUAGAUUUUUAGGAUCAAUUUUGGUUUGUCCUUUAUUACAGUCAGUUAAUUGUAACAACUGGGUUUUUAAAUUGGAAGCAAAUAGAUUCCUUUCCUAACAAUUAUGUGCAGUGCGUUUCAGUAUUCUUUUACUUUGCAGAUGGGCAGUGCUGGCUUUAAAUGCUAAAGGGACACACAGUAGAUUUUUAACAGCUGGAGUAACUGCUCUGCUGAUUAUAUUUUAGGAACUCAGACAACAAAUCACAUAAUGACAAGUCCUUACCUACGGUACUUCCUAUUAAACCUCUGCAAGUUUUGCUAGAGUGCUCCGUUCAGUGCAGUACACCAGCCUCGUGUCUACUUGGAAGUCUCACUGUUAGAUGUGGACACUCACAGCAGGCAUUGGCAGGCUGUUCAAACUGGAGGUAUAGCCUUUAUCUCUCUUUCCAGUUUCUGACUCUCCCGGCAGGCUGUGGGUUUGGAAGCUUUUAGUUUGCUUUAUUGCUGACCCCUCUCUCCCCUACUCUCUGACUGUGCCUAGAUUGAUGGCAGCUGUCAGAUACUUCCUCUGGGCUCACAGGGUGCUUUCUACCCACCCAUAGUACCCAGUGGGAGAGUCAGAAUAAAGCAUCUGAAUACAUUUUUAAGGCCUCAAGCAGGCGUCUUAAAGACCAGUGUCUUGACUUCACCUUCCCGCCAGCCGGAAAGGAAGGGGAGUGGAGUCGGGUGAAGGGAAAGACCCUGCCUGUCCAUUGAGAGCAGCCAGAUGAACAAAGCUUUCGUGAGGUGGCUUUGUUUUGGGAUUUUCUCUGGACUCUUGAGAAGCCAUUGAGGUGGUGCUUUCCAGCCUUUUGUUUCUAGAUUCAAAACUGAAAGAUUCUACAGAGAAAGAGAAGAAAAGGGAAAAGAGCCCAGCUUCAUCGCAUACCAAGCUUCAAACAUGACCUCUACUCUUUCCUGGGAUUACAGAGCAUCAGGUUUCUCUCCACCUCUGUUAGCACACAUACUUCCACUCACGUGUCUUCACUAGGCAAGGCGACUUCACCUUGUAGACAGGUUUCAGGGGUGUGCAAAUCCCCUGGAAUUGUGUGCAAGACUAAGAGGUGUUCUUUUUUUCCAGGAAAGGCUUCAGUGUUUCUUACUGGAUCCAAAAAAAAAAAAAAAAAAAAUGUUAAAA